AAACUUAAAAAGGGUCAUGCCACUUGUAUCAAUUCUCGACGGUGGACGGCGAUCGCCAAUUUAUUUAACGCCUUGUUUAGCACUUCCGUCGCUCUAAUUCUCAGCAUUCUGCCACUGAGUGCCUCAAUGAGCUUCAACCCAAUUUGGGACUUCAACGGAACUUUUGGCGAGUAUGGCUUCUUCCAAUCAACAUCGACAGGAAGCGACGCUCCGCAGUUUUCUGGUUCCGGUUGGUCUCCGUUUGGUGGAAGUUCAUCUACAAGAGCCAUGGAUUUCAGCAGUAUGAAUAAGCCAGAAGAAGAAAUGAGUGAUGGCAUUCGUGCAUUGUUGGAAAUCACCAGAAAUUUCAAGAACCAAAGCAAAUUUGAAGACAUUUCAUUCACAAAGGCUCAAGAAUCGCCAUCAAAAGCUAUUGUCUCGAGUCCAGCUGUCCGUUGUUCACCAUCUCCGCAACAGGCACAGCUUCGGAUCACAAAUUUGCCUCACCAUCGACCAACUGGAGGUGCGGGGACGAAUAACUAUGCAAUGGCUGUUAAGCGGACUCUUGAUCCAAAGAAGGAACAUGCCAACAAUGCUGCACCGCCCGCAUCUUCUGCCGCUCCUUUGAUGUCACAGAUUGGAACAUUCAACCGAGGGACCAAUAUUCAAACGGAGCAGUCGCAAAUUUUGUCUCCACGUAGUAAAUGGUUUGAUAGGAACAUUCGCAGCCCAGUUAAUGCUAAAGAGAUUGAAGGAGGGCCGAAGAUUAAUGGACGAUCAAUUGUCAAUGGGAUAAAUUUGAACAGCCUGAAAUUCGUCAAGCCAGCAAGGCAAUGUCCGAGGUGGGACAAGCCAAAGCAUCGAAUUGAUGAGCCAAAUUGUCCUCUUUGGCAUCCACGCGAACGUUGCCAAUACUAUCCUCGUUGCCGUUUGACUGCUGAAGUCUGCGGGUUUGGUCAUCCAUUUUGUGGGGACUUUUGUGACUGCGCACCAGAAAAGCGUUCUCUGCAGCUGAAUCACAUGCCAAGAAAGGAAGGUAACAACAACGAAAAAACUACGCGACCGAAUCCAUAAAAAUAAUGAUGUAGAUAAUGCUGAAAAGUACAAAA